AUGAAGGAUAGAUUUAGGAGGAAUGUCAUCAAUAUUUUUUAUUCUUCAAGCGGCAGAGUAGAAGGUGUGAUAGAGGUUAAGGAAUCUGUGAAGUGUCAUUUUGAGAACUUCUUCAAAGAAGCCAAUUUCUUAAGACCUAUCCCAGAUGGUAUCUCUCGCUUAUCAGAAGAAGAUAAUAGUAGUUUGGAAGAAUCGUUUAGUGAGAGUGAGAUUAAGGAGGUGAUUGAUAAAAGUAUUUCUAAUAACCAAACAACUUUUGUCCCAGGGAGAAAUAUUUUGGAUGGGGUUCUUUUGGUACAUGAGGUAUUUGAUUUUGCUAAGAGGGAAAAACUGAUUUAUUUAGUUCUUAAGGUUGAUUACAAGAAGGCUUACGAUAGCGUGAGCUGGAAUUACUUGAGAUUCUGUUUUGAUAAGUUGGGAUUUGGAAACAAAUGGAAAAAUUGA